AUGAACAAUGACCUUGAGCGAUCAAGGCGACUUUAUCAGACACUCCACCUUCCAGAUUUCAGUAGCAUUGAGGAGGUGAGACAGGCUUACAAAACCCUCGUCCUUAAGUAUCAUCCGGACAAAAAUCUACACGACCCGACGGCAGCAGAGAGGUUUAGAUGCGUUACCCUAGCGUAUGAGAUUCUUUCCAACGAAGAGAAAAAGAGGAAAUACGACACGGCGUUGCGAGUGCGUCAGCCGCUUGGUGUGGGCUCGGUCAGAUGCGGUAGUACCACACCCCGUUCGGUUGCGAAAGGAGGUAAAGUACCCACACAUUGUGCAACCACCAGCAUCUAUGAAGAGCUCAACACAUAUGCACUACGGAAGGCAGAGCGGCCAGGUCGACGCGCGCCCUCCGUUAGCACACCACGGGGAGUACGACCAUCACUCUAUACGAAAGAGCAGCGGAUGUUUUUCAGGAAGCGCGAGAAAGAACACCAGGCGGAACUCCGCAAGCGAUGGGAGCAGGAAAAGCGUGAGCAAUGGGAACGGGAGCGGGAGGCCCUUCGCAAGCAACAGAUGAGGCGAGAGGAGACGCAGCACAUUUUCCAGUUACAUAGGGCUGUUAAUAGUGCCAGGCGUACGAAUUCAUCACGGGUGCAGCGCGGUACAUCAGCCCAUAUUUCUGCAGAUAAUGGUAGACCCACAGUCCGUUCCUCUGCCGCGCAGCAUCCCCGGAUGAGCACCAGCAUCAGCAGUAGCAUGUUCACGCCCUCGCCGAGAACCCGCUGCGCCUCCACAGACGGUUUGAGUAAACGAAUGGGAACUAGAAACCGAUCGGUUGUAAACAACGAGUCCGAGACGGUGCUGCACCGAAGGGUGGGGCGAGAAUCAGAGCAGCGAAUUCGACCAACAGGACUGCGACCUCGCGGGGCAGCAUUGAUAGAAAGUGAGAAUACGGUUCGUAGGGCUAUUGAGGCUGCCGCAGGACUUCGUAUGAAACUCCUGUACUUACAGACGAAAGAGUUGUGGCAGCGGGCUGUGUAUGUUGAAGAAAACCACCUCGCGCGGGAGGUCCUACACCUGUUGGAAGAAGAAAGGAGGUAUCCAAUGUUUGCGAACAACCCGGGCUUCUUCAUAAGUAUGUGUAAUAGACAGUACAAAAUGCUGUACACAGAUGAAGCAAUUAGCUUUGCUACAAUUGUUCUACAGGAGCGCGAAAGUACAAGGAGGUUGAGCAUAAAGCAGGAAUAUGAGAGUACGCUGCUCAGUUAUCGUUGUAUGCUAAGCCUUUUCCAAAGGAAACUAGUGAUGAACAAGUUAUUAAGAAGACAACGGGGACGCAUUGAGGAGGAGGAAAGGUUGUUUCGAAACAUGUUGUAUGUAUCUAUGCACGAGUGUGGAGCCCGACAUCAAUUGCAAGAGGCCGAAAAAGACGAGGUGACGCAGCUGAUAAGGCGGAGAGCGAACGAGCGACAUAUUGUAUAUAUGAAGUAUGGAGAACAAGCAAGGUUAGCAGAGCGUAAGUCGAAUGCGGUUAUCACUGCUUCACUGCAGAAGGAAGUUGAGCGCCUCCAGCAUGCCCUCAAGUCGUUGGCAGUGCAACUUCCUUAUGAAAGAGAAUUACGCUUUAUUUCUGACAUCUCUGCACGUGCAGCAGUCAAUGUAAACGAAGCUAAACCUGACAUCUCGGUAGUGCCUCCGUGCGGCGUUACCGUGCAGACACGUAGUGAAGCAAGCGGUGCGCAGCGCGACCCACAAAAAACCUUCCAUCGCAGAGUGAGUAGCGUUGGUGAUGGAAGCAAUUUCAAUGUCAAGUUGUCAGCAACUGCCAAAAGGGGAAGCUCUCCAGGUUGUGCAGUCAGACGGGAACGUGCUGCUCUCGCACAGCAGCUGAGGAAACCACAGGGUUGA